UGUGUGCGUUUGUGUAGUAUGUGUUAUAGUAUGUGUUUAGAAAAUUUGAAGACAUCUUGCUGUAAACAGUACCAGACACAGGGUAAAAUACGACAAUUUGAUCAAUAAUAUCAAGAUCAAACAAUAUUUAGUAAUAAAUAUAUUUAAUGUAUAUUCACCACUAAUUGAUUCUGUGAUUGCUUAAUCAAGGACCACCUGGAGACAAAGGACAACCAGGAGAAAACGGUAUAAUGGGUGACAAGGGCCAGGUCGGCGUCAAGGGUGGCAAAGGUGAAUUCGGUGACAAGGGCGAAGUAGGCAUGAAAGGUGACAAGGGCGAGCUAGGUGAUGAAGGCCCCGUUGGUGACAAGGGUGAAGGCGGCAUACAGGGUGAGAAGGGCGAAGGUGGUGAUAAAGGACCCGUUGGUGAGAAGGGCGAAGUCGGCAUGCAGGGUGAGCAAGGCGAAGACGGUGAUAAAGGCCCAAUUGGUGAGAAGGGCGAAGUCGGCAUGCAGGGUCAG